ACCAUUCUAGCCAAUGAGAGGACAGAUCUCCGAUAUAAAGUAUUUUUUUUUCUCUCAAACGUUUCUGUGAUAUCACGUGUCCUACUUAUACCGGUAACGUUACACUCAUAACAACUUAAACAAUACGAAACUUCUAUUCGAUCAAAUAAGCCACAUCUUGCAAAUAAACCAUUACUUUUUUGUUAACCAAAUUCCACACUUACUGUAAAUAAGAAUUCACUGACUUGCCUAGUUUAAAUAAAGGUUAAAAAAAAACUUUCAAAAAACGCCACCUGCUGGAUAAAACAGAUUUUGGGCCCAUUUAUCAAUCUCUCUUCGUCUCAACCUCUGAUUAUCAUCAUCAUCAUCCUCCCAGGUCAGCUGUGCUGUUUUAGCUGAUCGCGGUUUAUGCGAUAACAGAGACAACUGAAGGUUUGGUUUCCAGAGCCCUUAUUUUUCUUGCCCGGUAAUGGAAAUGGGCCUUGUUAAUAAAAGUUCUGCAACUGGCUAGUUCGAGCUAGCUAGUGAGCUAACUACACGGAUUUGUUUUGUGCGUGCCUGUGGUCUUUACAGCCAGAAAGCGAAAUAUUACGUCUCCUCGCUUUGAUAUUUGAUACUUUUUAUCGACCUCUAGAGUCUAGAUACUCGUAGCUUUUGAACGGACAGAAGUAUUGGACAGAAUGUAUUAUUUUGGCUGAGGACAGAGCAUGACAGACAUUAUUAUAAUCAUCUUCCCUGGUGCUCCGUUCAGUCCUAUACGCCGCGGUGUGAGUAGCCCAUCCGGGAAGCGCACAUCAGCAGAGUACCAUCCUAUGCGCCUCUUGGGUGUCGGGGGCGAGAGGUGCUGACUGUUCCCAGAGCAAUUUACGUCGGAGGGAGAGGACGACGUUGCCUUGCCAUCUGAGGAUUAAACCAUGGCUAAUGAACCUGUCACCCUUAAUGUGUAUGAUAUGUACUGGAUCAACGAGUACACUUCCACUCUGGGUGUUGGAGUCUACCACUCAGGCAUCGAGAUCUAUGGCCGAGAGUUUGCGUAUGGAGGUCAUCCAUACCCAUUUAGUGGCGUAUUUGAAAUAAACCCUGGAAACACCACUGAAUUAGGAGAGACCUUCAAAUUCAAGGAGGCCAUCGCUUUAGGCACAACAGACUUUGCUGUGGAGGAUGUGGAUAAAAUCAUGGAGGACCUGGGGACGGAUUUCAAGGGCAACUCCUACCAUCUAAUGCACAAGAACUGCAACCACUUCUCAUCCUCGCUGUCUGAGCUGUUGUGUGGGCGUGAGAUCCCUCGCUGGGUGAACCGUCUGGCCUACUUCAGCUCCUGCGUGCCCUUCCUCCAGACCUGCCUCCCUAAGGAGUGGCUGCCCCCCGCUGCCCUGCAGAGCCACAUCAGCAUGGGGCUCCACAAGGAGGAGCGGGAGGCCGGAGAGUCCAGCGACGAGGACACCAACUCAGCCACCGGGACCGCUGGGGCGGGCACCGGAUCCUCACACAGCUGUCGCCAUACACGGGUCUGAGCCAAUGACUGUAGGUCUGAAGAGAACAGCCAAUAGACUCUCUUUCAAUGACCUCUGGACCAGAAGGUCACCAGCUGACCCCUGCCGGGGAUGCGUAGUGAUAUUAUAUCUGUGGGCCUGACUGAAUAACCACCUGACCUCAUAGUACCACCAGUCUGAGAACAGAGACAGGGGGCGGAUGAUGACUUAGCCUGCUGGUACUAACUCAUAUAAAGCCACCGGGCCAAAGGGACCUGCAAAAUCCACUUGGGUCCUUUUCCUGCUUUUCUCCCUUUUUUAAGAGUACGGUAGAUAUAUUCUGAAGGAUUUGUUAUAGGCGUUGACAAACUAACUCAGACCAUGGCAUGGUUCUCUCAGAUUGACCACAGCUACAUUAUGUAAGGACGGCAGGGUAGCCUUGUGGAAGGUUGCAAGUUCAAAUCCCCGAGCUGACAAGGUACAAAUCUGUCGUUCUGCCCUUUGAACAGGCAGUUAACCCCCGGUAGGCCGUCAUUGAAAAUAAGAAUUUGUUCUUAACUGACUUGCCAAGUUAAAUGAAGGUGAAAUAUGUACUAUAGGGCUGGGGUACUUUCUAGUGUUGGUCUUUUUCCCAGGUAUUGUUAAAUCCUUGCCAGCCUUCAUCCCUCAUGCCCUUCUUCCAGAGCAGCUCCUUCUUUAGACUAGAUGUAUAUCUAACACCACAGAGAUGCACCCUUCGCCAAUUUCGGGAUGCAGUCUUAAGUAUCUCUGUCUGAGACUACUGGUAUUGUGGCAUGAGCAGGAUGUUACUCUCUGCUAGUUUCAAGAGGUUCAAUAACUCCCUUACUUGGCCUUCAGUUGUAAUCAUCAGUGAUGCCUGUUUUGUUGAUGUGUUGGGGUAAGUUAAUAUGCUGGCCAUUUUAGAAGUUGAAGAAGCAGAACCAUAUAUAUUGAUAUAUAUAUAUAUAUAUUCUCUGUUUGGGAAUAACUACCUGUGGGUUGUUUUGAACGAGCACCUUUCUGUUAAACGUCAUUCUUAACUCAAAACAAUGUGUCAAGAAACAAAGGAUUCGACAACAAGAAGUGAAGACGUCUAAAUUUAAUCUCUGAUCAUGUUCAUUUUAUCAUAUGAAUAUUUAUAUUCGGUUGUCAUUUGUCCAUAGCAUGGUCUCGUGCAUUGUUUAACAAGAUGGUGUCUGCGCCCCAUGUAUUUUGCCAAUUUACCACUAUCGUGAAUAACACUGUCAGGUGACUCUCUGAAAGUGGCAUUUGCACUCUUCUUCCAUGGAAAUCUUCCAUGAUGAAACUCAAUAGUAACUGUUGAAUCACAGGCCUUGGAUGACCCUCCCCGCUGCCUCCCCUACUGCCUUCCCAGCUGAUUUCACAGAGUGAUUGAGUUAGUGUGUAUGGGGGGGGGGGGGGCUGUGUUACAGUGGGAGCAUUGUGUGAAUGAAAAGGGGUUUUGUUUUCUAAAUGUCUUUUUUUAAAAUUGAUGUGGAAAUGUCUCUGAAUGAGUUGGAUUUACACACGUGCUCCCUGAAACAAGGGGGUAGUGGUCCUACCAGUCAAGUCCUGAACUAGUGUACUAAACUGACUACUAUCCCAUUUAAAAAAAACACAUAAAUAAUGCUGUUUUCAGAUGAGACAGACAUGAGGAUACAUGUUAUUCGCCCUUUUCUGUUCAUGCGUUUAUAAUGCUGCUCUUGUAGAUUCAAUAGUAUGCCUUGUGAAGCCCACUCCAUUGUAUUCCACACAUAUUCCUGGAGAAUAAUAUUGUCCUUUCUUUCUCUUCUCCUUGGUUUACUGUCUCUGUCUGUCUGCCUCCACCCCCAUCCCCCUCUCAGGAAGGAAAUCACAUGACCUGUGGUUGUUACACAGGUGUCUCAUUACCAUACACCAUCUCCAUGACAACUGGGUGGGGGGGAAACUAUUUAUUUGUUUAUAUACUUAUAUUUUUAAAUAAUCUAUAUUUGUAUUUAUUUUUUAAUGGAGUAACUCUUUAUUUUGCAUCAUCAGGAAGAUUAUUGUUCUUCUUGUUGAAAUGGGUUCAGAGGUCAGUGAAUUGAACCCAUGGAUUUGAAAUGGGUUCUGUAGAGGUCAGUGAAUUGAACCCAUGGAUUGAAAUGGGUUCUGUAGAGGUCAGUGAAUUGAACCCAUGGAUUUGAAAUGGGUUCUGUAGAGGUCAGUGAAUUGAACCCAUGUAUUGAAAUGGGUUCUGUAGAGGUCAGUGAAUUGAACCCAUGGAUUGAAAUGGGUUCUGUAGAGGUCAGUGAAUUGAACCCAUGGAUUGAAAUUGGUUCUGUAGAGGUCAGUGAAUUGAACCCAUGGAUUGAAAUGGGUUCUGUAGAGGUCAGUGAAUUGAACCCAUGGAUUGAAAUGGGUUC